AUGAAUUAUAUGUCAAAUUUAGAAAAUUGUCACAUACAUCAUUUUUUGGUUAGCUGGUUGCUUUCUUCGUCGGUCGACGGUGGUUUGCUGAGUAAUAUUUGUCGUGGUAUUGGUGUUAGGCCCCACAAGCUUACAGGAAUCAGUUACCUGCUAGUCACUUGCUUAGCUACUUUGAGCACAGCGAUACGAGUGGAUUGGAAUACAAAUACCGGCCCCAUUAUACCGCCAACACCUCGCACCACAGUACGACCAAUACCGCCAUUCCGGGAACCAGCACCAGUUUGGGAGGACCUUAGCAAUGAUAUACCAAAUCCGAAUCCAUAUGUUUAUGUCUUACCGCCACCCUCACGACCCAAAACAAGACUCAACACCAAUGUCAACUACAAUACAAAACCCAACAACUACGGAACCUUGCUAAGACCACAACAGACCAGCUACUAUCAACAGCAGAGUCAACAAGUUUCCGGAUUGGCGCCACAAUACAUACCCAAUGUUGGUACACGUUAUGUGGCUGUGGUACCAACGAAAUCGAAUGGGGCAGCAGGAACUACGACUGUGGCGAAUGUACUUUCUUCCAGUGACAAUGAAAACGGCUACAAAUUCCAGGGCAAAUACAAUGCCAAGACGAAAAAAUACAAAGUCUACGAGAAAGUCAAAUAUGUGCCAAUUAAUUAUUAUACUGAGCUUGAGGAAAAUGAUAGUGUCAGGGAGGCCACAUCGAAGCGUAAUGUGCCAGCUGAAAUACCCGUUUGGGCUCCUUUGGACGAAGAAGAAACGCCCAAUGCGGAAUACACUGUUAAAUUUGAUAAUUUUGUAGCAACGGCCGAAAAACUUAUUGCCACAACUCCGCUCACAAAUGUCAGCAGCACAAAUACUUCGUCGACAACUUCAACGAAAUCCACAACAACUACAGUAUCCUCGACCACAACAACAACAAAAGCCCCCACAAAGUCUUCCUUUAAAUUCUAUUCGAAACAUGUUUAUCCCAAGGAUUCGACGCUGAAGCUCAAGGAAAAACUCAACAAGAAAAGUUGA